GCGGCCAUGGCCACGGCGCCGGCGGGCCCCGCUACCGGCCGCGUCCCGUCGCCGCCCGACCUCCACGCCGUGCCCAUGGUGGCGCUUAACUACGGCGUGCGGCGCCGCCUCGGCCUCUACCUCAACCCGCGGGCGGCGGCGGCCGCCGACUGGACGGCGCUGGCGGAGGAGCUGGGCUGCGAGUACCUGGAGAUCCGGCGGCUGGAGGCGAGGCCCGACCCCACCGCCGCCCUGCUGGAGGACUGGCAGUGCCGCUGCCCCGGCGGCGCCACCGUCGGCCGCCUCCUCGACCUCCUGCGCCGCCUGGGCCGCCACGACGUCCUCCUCGACCUGGCCGACAGCGUGGAGGAAGACUGUAAGAAAUACUUACAAAGGAAGCAGGAGCAGGCCGACCAGCCACUUCAAGUGCCAGCAGUAGACAGCAGCGUGCCAAAGACAUCAGAACUGAUGGGCAUCACCACCAGGGAUGAUCCGUACGGGAAUGGAACGGAGAUGUUUGAUGCCUUUAUCUGCUACUGUCAGAAAGACCUUCAGUUUGUCCAGGAGAUGAUCAGGGAGCUGGAACAAACAGAGUUCAAAUUGAAGCUCUGUGUAUUUGAUCGGGAUGUCUUGCCAGGAACGUGUGUGUGGUCCAUCAGUGGAGAACUUAUAGAAAGGAGGUGUCGGAGGAUGGUGGUCGUCAUUUCAGAUGAUUACCUGGAAAGCGAUGAAUGUGAUUUUCAGACCAAAUUUGCUCUUAGUCUUUCUCCAGGUGCCCGUCUCAAACGGCUGAUUCCAGUCAAGUGCAAAACCAUGAAGAACGAGUUUCCAAGUAUCUUACGGUUCAUUACAAUUUGUGAUUACACCAAUCCUUGCACCAAAAAAUGGUUCUGGACGAGACUGGCAAAAUCCCUCAUGCUGCCGUGAUGCAAAGUCAUGAGAGCUAGGUGCCCUUUUGUCAUCUGUCCUGGCUGCGCCUUCGGACCAUGUUGUUGUUCACGCAGGGUCUUUUACCACUUCAGAACCUGGAUCCUUCCAAUCCGUGUUUGGAGCCUGCGACUGGGAGCAAAGAAUUUUCUCUAGCACUUUUUUAUAACUCAGAAGGAGAAAUAAAGAAACUGUGUGGGUGUUCCUGUUCAAGUCAGUGAGCAACAGCAUCCAGUGUUUUGUGUAGUAAGCAUUUUCACUGAAAAUAUAGAAAAUACACAUUUGAAGGUGGAGUGUCUAAUACAAGGACGCUCAAUUGUAAGCAUUUAAUAAGACCUUAGAGCCUCAAACUGCAGGCGUUCUUAAUCUUAAAUAUUUCCUAUUAUUUUAAAAGCUGUUCAGUGGCUAUAGUAAUAUCUAGGGUUGGUGUUUCUUUAAAACCCCAGUGAAAUCCCGUGGCUGCCUGGUGAUCUGCAGGAACUGAGGUUUCAGACUCUGUUUCCUGCUCUGUGAACGGCCAGUGCCAUGAGAAUGACGGAUUUUGGCAGCCCUGUCCGGGGGACCCAGCCUGCCCUGCCAGGGAUGAUGUCCCCUGCCCUGUGCUGCAGCCCCACUGUUGGGCAGCACGGGGGAAUGCGUGUGGGCUCUCCCUGGCCCAUGCUUGUUCUGAGGGUAGACAGUCUCCUUCAGUCCUUCUUCUGAGAAAAGCAAAAGCGUAUUUUAAUUGUUAAAGCACUGCUAAGAAAUGAAUGGUUCUCCUGUUAUUCAUAGCAAUAUCUACAAAAUUAGAGCAAUUAUCCAUGUAAUUAUGACUAAUGCAGAAUUGCUGAGCUUGGUUUAUUCUCUGGGGAUGUUUUCCUCCUUGAGUUAUAUCACAAUAUUCCUGUCCCGUGUUCAUUUACAGGGCAGAUCCCUUGUCACUAGCAUUUUCUGAGGCAGUCCCUCAGGUUUGCUUUAAGUGGUUAUUUUUUGCUUGUUGAAAGCAGGAAGUGUAAGGAAAGACACACUCUUGUACUGUGUUUGUCAUGUCUGUCUCUGUUCAGGUCAUAUUUGAUUAAGUGACGUUACACCAGCAUUUUACAUUCCCAGAUUUUAUUAAAUGUUUGCAAUAGAGCUUUCCUUUCGUAGAAAUUCAGUCUUAAAAUAUAUAUUUUCAGUGAAAGUCCUUACUACAGAAAGUGCAGGCUGCUGUUGCUCAUUGACUUGACCAGGAACAGGGCUGUGCACCUAAGUGGGUCCAAAUCUUAAAUUGUUUCACCUUUAAGAGCCUUCCAACAUACCAGCUUUUGGGAUGCCUCAAAGGUACAGCAGUAAAUACUGAGUAGCAUAUUAAAUGGUCACUUGGGGUGUUUAAAAUAUAAAGGCUAAUGUUACAUGAAUAGGAAAGAGCAUAUUUUAGUUAACCGCCACAAUAAUUACUGUAUUUCUGUGACUAAGGCUAGAAGCAACACUGAUAUUGCUCUGCUUGUUAGAUUUAGCCUUGAAUCCUGCAGAGUGACUAGUGGAUCUCGUCAGUUCUCAGUGCUCAGGGGUGGUGGGCAAGAGUUCUGCCCAAAGUAGUGUUUUAAAGUGACCCGCUGGUGUAUUAAACAGAUUUACAGUAAAUAUUUACUUUCUAAAUUGGGAAGAGAGGGAUCUUGCUUAUGUAUCUGCAGUUGCUUGGACUCUGCCACUUUGUUCAUGCCUUCAGCCACUGACUCAUGUUGAUUUCACCGCUUAAUGUUUUACUAGUUUACAUUUUUAAGGUUGCAUCUGGAUGUGAUUUU